CAACUCUCCGGGCUCCCUCCUGGGACGCGCGCCCUCGCCCCAUCCUUUCUUCCUUCCUUCCUUCCCUCGCGCCCGCCCUCCCUCUCCAGGUCUCCCUCCCGGGGCCCGAUUGUCUCCGUCCCCUGCCCAGCCGGCCCGCGCCGCGCCCUGCCCGGAGUCUCCCUCGCACUUCCUGGGUCGCCCGGCGCCGCAGUCUCGCCUCGCCCCGGGAGCCCGAGCCGCCGCUGUCCCCGGCUCCAGCCCCCGAAGCCCGCGGCGCCCGCCCGAGGGAGCCCCGGCGCCCGGGGAAGGGAAAAGUGGGCGAGCGCGCCCUCGCCCAGCCCCGCGCCCCAGCCCUGCCCGGCGAGGAAGGACCGGGAAGAUGAACAACGGCGGCAAAGCCGAGAAGGAGAACACCCCGAACGAGGCGAACCUUCAGGAGGAAGAGGUCCGGACCCUAUUUGUCAGCGGUCUCCCUCUGGAUAUCAAACCUCGGGAGCUCUAUCUGCUCUUCAGACCAUUUAAGGGCUACGAGGGUUCUCUUAUAAAGCUCACAUCUAAGCAGCCCGUAGGUUUUGUCAGUUUUGACAGUCGCUCAGAAGCAGAAGCUGCAAAGAAUGCUUUGAAUGGCAUCCGCUUCGAUCCUGAAAUUCCGCAAACACUACGACUAGAGUUUGCUAAGGCAAACACGAAGAUGGCCAAGAACAAACUAGUAGGGACUCCAAACCCCAGUACUCCUCUGCCCAACACUGUACCUCAGUUCAUUGCCAGAGAGCCAUAUGAGCUCACAGUGCCUGCACUUUACCCCAGUAGCCCCGAAGUGUGGGCCCCGUACCCUCUGUACCCAGCGGAGUUAGCGCCUGCUCUUCCUCCUCCUGCUCUCACCUACCCCGCUUCACUGCAUGCCCAGAUGCGCUGGCUCCCUCCGUCCGAAGCUACUUCUCAGGGCUGGAAGUCCCGUCAGUUCUGCUGAAUACCACGUUCCAGGUGUGUGAUGGUGGCUGCAAUCUGUCUUGUGGGUAUUAAUGCAACCUUCAGUGGUGGCUGCUGUUCUCAAGCUGUUCUACAAAACUGGAGCGUGCUGGUGAGUGGCAGUGAGAGGCUGAACAGGCCCUCUGGGGAGGCAGUGUGUCCUGGGCGGGGCACGGUGAUGGAGACCAGUGUGCUCGGAUCAUCGCACCAGCGUCCUCUGGGAGGGAUCCCAGGCAUCUGGGGAUGGGGCCCAGCAGUCCAGGUGUUAACUGCACCCCCACCCAGAUGAUUCUGCUGGGCGCCCUAGGUUGAGACGCGCUGGUGUGGAGCACUGCAGUCAGGGCUUUGCUUUUGAUGACCUCGUCCAGCCACAGGUGCUUAAGAAAGGGCAUCCUGGGAGGGCGGGGGGCGGGGGGUUCUGCAGACUCUGCCCACACGGUCUGUGCCACAGCAGUGGGACGAGCUGUUCCACCGAUGGGAAUUUACAGAUAAAUAGACUCUUGCGCCUUUUUUGGAAGUUACCCAUUUUGUUGAGAAUCUUUUAGAUGUGGCAUGUGUAUUCCCCGACUUCAUCCGUUGUACUGAAUGUAGUAUAGCCCUCUCUCAGGGACGCAGAAAUGUUUUCAUGAGCCUCUUUGGAAAUGAGUGGUUGCCCUUGGGCAUAGCUGAACGAGACAGGGCGCUCACUACCUCCUCCCUUCUGGGCUUUCCUGUUGGCUGAUGAUGUCAGUGAUUUGCGGUUCAUCAGUUUCUAGGAGGAAGUGUAGUCUCCGGCAGUGGUGUCGCAUUCCCACAGGUGACCGGCCUGCUGGCUGCUGUGCAGAGGGGCUUCCAGUUGCUCUCCAAAACUUGGCCUAAAACAACAGGAGUGCUAAGGGCAGGCCCGAAGCAAUUAUGUCUCAGCCCAAAUAAGGUGGUGAAUUUCAUCCCUACAAGGGGCCAACGAAGAAAAGAUGAGUCAGAAAGAGGGCAAGAUUCUUGCUAAGGACAGAGAACCAGGCAGAUCUAGCCAAGGAGGUCAUUACCACAUUUUUGGGACUUAGGUAUUUCUUGCUCAGAGUAGAGCCAUCCAGAGGCAGGCAAGCCGUGUGCGCCGUGUUUCACAGCCCAGCUCCUCGGCCUGGACAGGAGGCCAGCAGCCUGCACUUGGGGUCUUUCUGCCCACUGAUGUUUGUCACACUGACCAAACUUAGCAACAGGGAAGGUUUUUCCACAUCACGUGGGGCAGCUGAUGUUUAUCCCACCAGUGCUACAGCCUAUUAGGUUGUCUUUUUGUCCUGGUUCUUCAUAGCAAUGCCCACGUAUGCUUACCAAUGUUAUCACCUGGUAAAACCUUUUUGUUUUUUAAAGGUUUUAUUUAUUUU